AUGGCACCACAAAUAACCAGCUGGAAUGACCUCACCAAAGCAUGGGAGCAAUGCGAUGAUGAAAUAGGGGAAAUCCAACAAACGUCUUUCGCCCUGUUCGACAGCAACGAGAGCUUUUAUUACGGCAUGCUUGAAGCUCCCAAGGCCAAGAUUAUUUUCGAUCAGGUCACCAAGGCCCUCAACAGCGUUCCUGAUGAAGAAGUAUUCACACGAUGGCCGGCUCCUGGGGUCGAGUUGAUGCAAGCUCCAGCAACACUGACUGAAGAUUUCUACAUCAAGCGACCAGAUCCAGAGAUGUACAAAGCGAUGAAGGAACACAAUGCAUUGUCCCAACUCUCAGCAGCUUUGCUAGCAGAGGGUGAAGUUCUACAGUCGCUGUCCCAGAACCCGCACCCGAACAUAAUCCGCUAUCACGGCUGUCGGGUUCUGCGGGGAUACUUCAUGGGGAUUGUCAUUGACAAACAUCCAUGCGAUCUGCACAAUUAUCUCAAGAACCGAGUCGGAACAAUUGAGAAGCGGUCUUUCAUUGCUGCCCUCGAGUCGGCUCUCCAUCAUCUUCAUGCACGUGGAUUGGCCCACAAUGACCUGACUCCCCACAACAUUCUGGUGAGCAAAGAAGGCAUGCCUAUUUUGACUGAUUUUGGCGGAUGUCAGCCUAUUGGGACCUGUUUGAAGCAUAUUAGAGGGACCCACGGGUGGAUAGAUGGAGAAAUCAAGGACCACGAUACAUCGAGAAAAGAGCAUGAUGUUUCUGCUUUAGCCAAGAUCAGCGCGUGGUUGGACGAUCCAGUGUUUGAUCAAUGA